AUGUUAAAAUAUAAUUCAGAACCUAAAAAUAUAACUAUGGUUGAGGCUGCAUCAAUUCGACCGUAUUUUAUUUUACCUUUAUCGUGUAUUAUCUUUGUUGGUGGCGAUGAAGUUCAAAGUGUUCUCGGAAAAAAUCCCCUUCCAAUUACAAUUGAAGAUUGUGUAAAAUUCUCCGAAAGGUUUCCGUACAUCGAUGCCGUGGUCAAGGAAGUGGCAUGGUUGAGUUCAUUGGCUCCUCUAGUCGAUCGUAAUAAUGCGGAACCGGAAGAUUUAUUCCCCGAACGCCACUUGAAUCCCGAUGAAGAUUACCUUGAUCAUUUUUGGUGGGGGCGGGGAAGGAAGUUGGCCAUGAUCGAUAUAAGGAUUUUGACGGUUUUUAACAUUCUUCAAUAUGAUAUCGAAUUGAUGGACAAGAUAUUCAUAAGAAUCUUGUGGGAGUCGCCGAUAUGGAAGACACCACAGUCAUACAAAUCAUUCUUAAACACAUUGAAGAAAGAAAAGACAUUAUAUAAUUAUAGUCAAAUGAUAAGGCACCUCUCGUUUGCACCGUAUAAAAGUCGACCUCAACCCUCUUUCUCAUUCUCGGACUUGCAUUUACUUACACAAAAAUGUUUCAAUAUAACGCAUCUUACAUUUGGACAUGACGAGGGAACCAUAAUUGCGCCCGAAUCGGUUUUAUUGUUAAUAAAAAAGAAUCCAAAUAUAACAUCGAUAAAAUUCUUAACCUUACAUUUUGAUGACAAAUGGAUGAGUACGGCCUUAAUGCCAAUAAUUAAUGGACAUUGUUCAAAGUUACGAGAAAUUUUAUUUUGUGAACCAUCACCAUCAUCACAACAAAUCACCCGUCAACAAACAAUUAUACCGACGACGAAGGAAUUAAAUUUUAAUUUUUUGUAUUCCAUUGGAAGAAAAUGUAAAUCAGUAGACUCGUUAGAGAUUAGAACAAAAGUAUCAAAUACCAAUUCAUUAAUGAUAAUAAAAUUUUUUUCACAUUUAACGUCGUUAAGUAUAAAAACCAUAGAACCCGAAGCUCUUAAAACUCUAUUACAUGGAUUUCCAAAUUUAAAAUCCUUUUCAUUUACCUUUCCACAAUCGAUCUCAAAGGAGAUGACAACGGAAUUUGCAAAAGAAUUUCCUCCUUUGGAAAGUCUUUCCGCCGUUUUAGACUUGGACACAAGUUCGACGUUUAUUAAUACCUUUGCUACGACUCAAACAAAACUUAAAAAUUUGGAUUUGUUCAAUUGUUCCAAUUUGAUCGAUUCUGAUUUGAUAUUAUUGUCAGAAUUUUGUAAUCAAUUAGAAUCCAUCAAUUUAAGUUUUUGUCAAAAUUUGACGGAUGAAACCAUCUCCUCCCUUACCCAAAAGAAUCGUCAACUUAAAAAGAUUCAACUUACAAAUAUGCCAAAUUUAUCGAACAAUGGAAUCUUAUUAAUAGUUAAGAAUUGUCCAAAUUUAACGUCCUUUAUAUUUAAUGUCAAUAAUAUUAAUCAAAGCCGAAUAACUUCCUUGGCAUUUAUUCACCUUUUACAAAAUUGUAAAAAAUUAAAAGAGUUCUCUGGUCAUUUCCCAAAGAGUACCGCUACAAAAAUCUUGUUUGAAUUAUCAAAGAAAAGAUAUUUUAGAGGGAAAGGAGGUUGUUAUAAAAAUCUUGAGAUUUUAAAAAUCUUUCCAAUAGGACAUUCUUGCGUGUUCAAACAUUCUUGCGUACUUAAAUCAAAUUUGGAAUUAAAAUCUAAUCAAAAUUCGGAAAUUGAAUUGUUGGAAAAUUUGGCAGAUAAUUGUCAAAAGUUAAGAAUUUUAGUGUUGAAAUGCAGUUUUUCCAAAUUAAAUAGAAACGCUGUCUUGAAGUACAAAAAUCUCGAAGAAUUAUCAAUUAAAUUAAAACAGAGUCAAUCUCUAUCAGCAAAUCAUCUAAAGAGGUUAUCAUCACAUCCUAAAUUAAGAGAAUUCGAGUUGGGUGAUGCCGUUACCGUAGAUGCAAAAAAUAUUUAUGAAAAGAUGACGAAUCCGCAACAAGUAACGAAGAAAAAUGUCGAUGAAAAUACCGACUGUAAUGCCAAAAUCGAUGCAACUAUUCAAUCAGAUCAUCUACGACAAUCAGAAGAAAACAUGCUGGAAAAUGAUUUCAUGCACAUUCCAAAGGUUAUUCCAAAGGUUGAAACAAUUCACGAUUAUUACGGUAUACAAUACACAUAUAAAUCGGUAAAUGCAGAAACGAGUUCUUCAGAGAAAGUAAGAAAUAAAUUAAAUGAGGCUAAAAUUCUUCAUGAAUCAUUGAAAUUUAAUCAAGCCAAAGAAAUUUAUCAAGAUUUGGCGGAUAAUUAUAAUAAUCCUCAUGCUCAAUAUCAAUUGGGAAUGUAUUUUUACUGCGGCGACUAUGGCGUUCAUGAAAUUAAACACGAUAAUCGUCUGAUUCAUAAACCCAUGAAUGAUCAUAUGAUGGAUAUUGAUUUUUCAAAAUAUACUGGCGUAAAUGAUAAUGGAUCAAUAAAAGAAAGUCCAACCAUGGAUGAAAAUGAUUUUCUUGAUGAGAACGAGGCAAAGCAAAUCGCGAUUGAUUAUUUUCUUAGAUCAGCAGAACAAGGAUAUCAUAACGCGUUUAAUAUACUUGCGAUUACAUCUGAUGAUAGAAUAAGGCGACAUUAUUCAGCAGGAGAAAAUGUCUCAUAUUUGUUACAUUUACAAAAUGAUGAUGUUAUAAAUGAUAUUAUAAGAUAUAUGAAAGCAGCUGCUGAAUGGAAAUUUCCAAUUGAAAAUUGCGUCGUAUAUAUUAACAUGUACGCAAAAUUAAAUUAUGGCUCAUUAUUAAUAAAAGCUUCAAAAAAUGAAACAGAUUCAUAUAAACGACGGGAACUUCGAUCUCAAGGGUUAAGACAUUUAUUUGAAGCAAGUAAUGUUGGAUUAAAGGAUGAAAAUUAUAACGUAAUUAAAGAAAUCAUGACUGAUUUAUGGCUUCUACCAAAUCAUGACGAGGAAGAUCAAGGAAUCAGCAAUGAUGAGUAUUUAUUGGAUGAUUAUCUCGAUGAAAGUGAGAUUGAACCCAAUGAAGAUUUUGAUAAUCCUUCAGAUUUUACGAAUAAGAAAAUGUGUUGUUGA